UUCGUUGAUCGUUCAAUCAGUCUGCUUGUAACAUUUAUCUGAGGCGGUCGGUGUGUUCGUAUUGUUUUUAUUAAAACGCGUUUCGUUGUGAAGUAAUUGUGUUUUGUAUUGAAGUGCAUGAUGGCUUACAACGGCGGUGGUGCCAAAAGACUGUGUACAGGGACUGAUCUAGAUGUUGAAAGGAGUAAUGGCAACAACUAUAUGUCAGCAGAGCCUAGGCGUAAAAGAGAGCCUCCGGCCCGACCGAAUCACAUCCUGCUGUACACUAUCAUCAAUCCAGCAUAUCCUAUCACUGUGGAUGUCGUACACACAAUCAGCACACCGCACGGACAAGUACAGAGAAUCGUUGUGUUCAAGAAGAAUGGAGUGCAGGCGAUGGUUGAGUUUGAGAGUGUGGAGUCUGCGACACGAGCUAAAGAUGCGCUGCAUGGCUGCGAUAUAUACUCUGGAUGCUGCACACUUAAGAUUGAAUAUGCUAAGCCUGAAAGACUGAAUGUGUUCAAAAACGACCAAGAUAGCUGGGACUAUACGCUGUCGGAUGAGGGACAACCACAACAGCGCAGCGCGCCUCUGUUGCAGUCACCACAAUACACUGGCGGCAGACCACAACCCUACAAUGCAAGUACCGUCAACCAUGCGCCUGCGACGCGAGCCUGCAGUGAAGACUCUUGCAGUCAGCACAGUCAGCACAGUGAUGCACAGAACGAUAUGGACUUUGGCAGUGGCGGUCCACCGCCGGGUAUGAUGAAGGAUAGACAUGGACCACCGCCCCCUCAUCAUCCGCGUGACGGUCGCGGUCCCUAUGGCCCCGAAGGCUAUGGCGGAGAAGGUUUCGUUCCACCUCCACCAAUGCAUCAUCCAAUGCCACCACAAAAUCAGGGUGGUCCGCCACAACAAGGCGGCGUGAUGAUGGUGUAUGGACUGGAUCCGACUACAGCCAACGCAGACAGAUUGUUUAAUCUAUGCUGCCUCUAUGGAAAUGUUGUUAGGAUAAAGUUCUUGAAGACAAAGGAGGGUACGGCAAUGGUUCAAAUGGGUGAUCCCGUCUCUGUGGAACGAUGUGUGCAGAACCUCAAUAAUGUUACAGUUGGAGAUUACACGCUAACACUCGCGUUCUCAAAGCAAGCAUAUUUAUCCGAGGUGAUGAACCCCUACCCACUGCACGACAAAUCUCCAUCAUUCAAAGAUUACGUGAGCAACAAAAACAAUCGAUUCCUCACACCGGCUUCCAUACACAAGAAUCGGAUACAGCCGCCUUCUAAGGUGGUGCAUUUCUUCAACACUCCCCCAGAUGUGUCGGAAGAACAGCUGCUAGCAGUAUUCACAGACUACGGAGUCACUUCUCCACACACUAUCUCAAAGUUCCCGCUUAAGAGCGAAAGGUCAUCAUCAGGACUGAUGGAGUUUCAGAACAUAUCGCAGUCAGUGAUGGCCAUCAUGGCUUGUAACCACGCUACCAUCAACCACCCAGGUGCGAAAUUCCCGUUCGUUAUGAAACUGUGUUUCUCGUCGUCGCGACAGAUCGGCCAGGGCAAAGGUCAGAACCAGAAUAAGAACCACAACCUGAAACAGGAGGAGAGCCAGAGACAAGGCCAGAAUAAUGGAAUCGAACACGAUUACUAUUAAAUGGCGACGUGGCGGCACACAAACACACAUAUCAAGGCGGACGGCUACACACACACACACAGCCACAUCACUACGAGUGCGGGGGUCAAGGGGGAAAAGGGGGUUGCCAGUGUUCAAUAUUAUAAUACACUUGAAGUUUUACCAAACUUUUAAGAUAUAAAACCUCGUUUUACUAUCUGGGAUCUUAAAUAUUAUAUUUUUACCCACACGAGGGAAAAUAUUUUACAGUGGCAACAUUAUUAUUCCUUAACUUGUGAUUUAGAUCACUGAUAUAAAGACAUUAACAUUUAGUUAAUUAUAGACACAAUAACAAAACCUUUUUCAUGUUAACACAUAUUCUACAUUUCCAUGGUUUUUUUUUCUUUCUUUUUUACCGGGGUGGUUUCAUGCAUUCGCAUUUUAUUUUGUAUAAGUAGCGGUUUAGGUGUUGUAAGCAUUAUUCCCUUAUAUUUGAAGUAUAUUAGCUUUUAGUUUUGUCUGCGAUCCGCCAUUUUCGAUAAUAAUGGCGGUGAUUUUUCCGUUUCUAGUGACUGUAUUAGAUAUAGUUCAUUUUUAUUUGAUUCGUAGAUAUUUUGUUACAUUAUUUCUCCGUGUUAAAAUAUGUAUGUGCGUAUUUUUUAUGAUUCUGGUUGUUCAUGAUUGACAGUUGUGAAUUGUACAAGAAAUAUAAUAUAUCGUUUAUAAGGUAGAGAAAAUUGACUUUUAUUUCGAGCUUGGAGUGAGCAUGUUUUCGUUUGCAUUACUUUCGUUGAUUAAAAUUAUGAACCAAGUCUAAAUGUAAGUUUUAGCACUUUUAGGCUAAUAGUAAGUGUCAUUGCGAUGUCAAUUAUAUAUAAUUAGAAACGAAACAGAUUUUCUAUAAAGGCCUAGCGUUUGGCCAGUGGGGCGAAAUGAAUUUCUUUUAUUAAAUCGUCUAUUUAUUUUAUCCGCUGGUCAAGAAUAUCAUACCGUCUUUCUUUCUAUGUAUAAGAUUAGAACAUAUGGUGUGAGAUGUGGUAGCGCGCUAUACAACUGUUUAUGGCAUAUAUUUUCAAUACUAACAUGUCGAGAACGUAGACGAAACCUGGUUUGAUAGCGUAAACAGUGGUAUAGUUGACCCAAUAGUCCGAUUAGCAUUGUUAUCAACUAAAUAGAUGCAUAUCUUUUUCUCUAGAAAUAUUUUCGAAAUGAAAUAAAUGUCUUAGUAUUAGUAAUUGAUGUCGUGAAUAGCAAUUUUGUGUUAUGUAAUAAUUAUAACUUCGUAUUUGUUCAAUUUCAUUUAAUUUGUUAUUGAUUUGAGUUAUAGACAAGAUAGUUAAAUCAAGCUAAUUAAACUUUCCGUUUUUAAACUUGUCUAUAGUUCUAAUAAUAAAUUCUAACCUUACUCUUGAAAUUACUAUAAAGAUCAACGCCCUUAUUGAUAAAAACUAGUCUUGAACUAAAUCUAAGUACUCGUUCUGUCUCUUUUGAUCACAGCGAAAACACAAUUGGAAAGAAUGAGAUACAUAUAAAGAAACGAGUGCUUUAGUAAAACAUUAUAAUAAGGUUAAGUUUUUACAAAUAAGGCUGUACUGUGUUAUAAAAUAGUGUAACACACACUCGAUUUAAUCAAAAGUAAGGCCAAAUCCCGAUAGUUGUUUACAUAAUUCACAUUAUUGUUACACGCACGAACCAUGUCCGACUCAACAACAGCACUCUAGAAAACAAAAUGAUGUAACAUUAUUUCUAAUUUUGUUCCCUUAUUAUUUAGCUUAUCUUUUGGUAUUAGGUCGUAGUUACAUGUUUAACAUUAAAUACAUGUCAACACAAAUAAUCUUUCAUUUCACAACACCACAAUCCUACUACGCAUGAUUGCGAUGACUUACUGAACAGACGUUACUCAACAAUUAGCAGAUAAUCAAGAUAUGGUCACAAAAAUCACAUAAAAAUGUUGUCGAAUUCAACCUUGUUUAAUUGACUUGAGGUUUUAUUUUCAAUGGCAACAUCGCAUGUUUAACAUGCAUGCGAAUGGACUUUGUAUCCGGCUAAUAAAUUAAAAAAAAAAAAAAACAUGCUUGAGAAGUCUCAAGGACCUC